CUACAAAAGAUGAUCACUGAAUAAUAAAUAAAAAAUAAAAAUUUCAAUCUCAGCCAUCCAUGGUUUUAUAGGACAAUCUCAACCCAACCUUUUUUUUUAUUGCAAAUUCCAAACCUCCUCCAUCACAAUUUAUUAGAAAUAGGGUAGUGUAGUUGAUUAGCGAACGAAGGUGAGAACAAACCACGGGAGAAGAUCAACUCAAUCGGAAGUCGGAACCCUAGCUAGCCAAUAAAAUAAUUAGUUCGCUCUGUCACGCCUCCGGCAGCCGCCGCAGAGAGGGUUAGCUAAUGUUAUCUUCGUCGACGACGAAGAACGUACGGGACCGGGACCUCAAUGGAUUACUCUCAAUUGGCGGAGGACAUAGUGGAGAAGAUCGUCAAGGAGCACUUCGAGACCUUUCCCCAGCUCGUCGCCUUCUCCCGCGCCUGCACGUCAUGGAGAUCCACCGCCCUCCGUCUCCACGGCGGCCGGCUACGCUGCCUGCCGUGGUUGGUCGUAUCGAAAGCCACCACCGCACCCCAACCGCCACUCGAGGCGUACUAUGACAGCGGCCAAACCCAUCAGUUUUAUCCCCUAGUCACGCUCUUCCCUGCCAAACCACAACUGCAGCCGUGGUCAUGGCCACCGCCACCGCCGCCGAUCCCACGCGCCAUCCCUUUCGUACCAGAUCCAUCCAAGAUCUCAGACGCCCAAGGCCAGCGCCACCGCUACCUCCGCCUCCUCGACGAUCUGCUCACCUCCUUCCACGAGGACGAAUUAGUCGCCUCCUUCGAUCCCCACUCCGACGACGACGACGACUAUAACAAUCUCAAUUACGCAUACCGGAAAGAUGCUGCUCAGUCCUUGGGUUCCAAGGAUGGCUGGAUCCUCCGCACUGUUACGCAUACUCGGGCUCGGGCUCUCGAACUCUACCUCCUGAACCCAAUCACAGGCGCUUCCAUCCCUCUGCCUCCUCUCCAACAUUCAUCCCCCACCCUCAUCUGCAAAGCCAUCAUCUCUUCUUCCCCUGACGACGACGACGGCGAAGAGUGCCACGUCAUCAUUCUGUCCACGUCGGAUCCCCAGCUCGCGUGGUGCAACGUCUCCUCCGGGAGUGAACAAUGUUGGAACUUGAGCAGCAGCAACAAGGAUUCCCACAUCUUCGAAUCCCCACACGACGCCAUCUGUUUUGGAGGUAACCUCUACGUCGUAGACUGUCGCCGCAUCUACGUCGUCGAUUAUCGCAGGCUCGGCUCUUCUGAUUCUGCUGCUUCGCCUGUCGUUAGAGCAUUCUCAUUCUCCGAAACUAUGAUAUCAUGUUGUAGCGACGACUCUGACUCUUACUACAACUACGACUUCGACCGUGACCGUGAAAGAAUGGCUUGUUAUCACUUGUUCCAACUCGACGGAGAGCUCCACGUAGUCUGCCGCGAAAAUUACCACCAGGUGUACAAGCUGGUGGUAGUCACGCCGGCUGCUAAUGAAGGCGGUAGCAGCAGCAGUAGCAGUAAGUAUUACUGGGAAGAGGUGAGGAGUUUGAAUGGGCGCGCUGUGUUUAUCGGCGGCCAUCAAUCGUUUUGCCUCCCCGCCGCCGCCGCCUCUACCACCGUGGUAGGUAAUGGGGCGGAUAGAGGCAACAAUAUUUACUUUGCCUUGGGCUGUGGUAGAACGCGGCGACAGCGCCGAUCUGGAUGCGGUGGUUGGAACGGCGUCUUCCAUCUUGCUAAUCGGAUGUUCGAAAGCAGUGAUCUUCAGUGCUGUACUAGUGACGAAAAGAGUUGCUCCUCUUCCUCUUUUUGGUUCCUCCCCAUGCCUUGGGAUAUUUCAAAGCUACACAGAAAGCAUCAUGACAGGAGGAAGAAGAAGGCUUGGAAACGGGAAAAGUACCUACUCGGCACCGCAAAUGAAACUGGUGAUCCGUACUAUUGGACAUUACCAAAGAAGACUGUAAAGAACAAGAAUCAUCAUCAUCAUCAUCAUCAUGAUAAUAACAUUACUGAAAACGUCUGUCACAACAGAUUCCGAGCUUUAUUAUCUGAUGCCGAUAAUGAAGAAGACGAGGAAGAUUGAAAAGGUUCGGCUAGCAAGCCUGAAUGAAUAAUACAACCCAAGAAACGGGAAACGGGAUCCCCUGCUUCGCAAUACAAACUAAGCAAAAACACUGGACGCCAAACUACCAAAGAAGACCAUCAAGAAUCAUCAGCAGCAUGAUAAUAACAGUGCUGUCAAAAACAGAUUCCAAGCUUUAUUAUCGGAUGAUGAUAAUGAAGACGAGGAAGACUGAAAGACCGUCUCGGUUAGUUAAGGGUCUGAAAUGGAUCGUGUAUAUGCACAGGUUUGAUGUUGUUAACUGGAUCUACGUGAGGGCAAGUUUAGUCAAGGCAAUAUCAAGUUUCGGCAUAUUUCUCGUAUAGGAAUGAAUAAAACUAAACCGCUGGUACAUUUCUUUAAUGCUGAACAACGAUGUUGUGUACCUGUCCAGGGCGAAAACACCUGGGGAAUAAGUGAAGGGAAAGCUCUACUUCUAAGAGCAGUGAGAAACUAAACUUGCUCACACUGCUUAUUUAGAUCAGUUGUGCUCAUUCUGCUAAAUAUUACCUGGCUGAUAACUUGUUUGAUCUGUAUCUAUCGUGACAAUUUCUCGAGCAAGUUUGCUAGUUGACCAACUGGAGCAAGCUGUAUUCUGCACCCAAAAAGUUGCCUCUCAAAGAGACAGACCAUUUCAGACAAGAAAAGGUGUCAUCAUGU